AUGGAAGUGGUCGCAAAGAUGGAUCACGCACUCUUGACUGCCAUAUUUCGGAGGGUCAUUGUAUCUGCUCGCAUACUCAGAUGGGCUUUGGAAAUCCAACAGUACCGUUUAUCGAUCGACUAUGUAAAAAGGACAACAAACCCUGUGGCUGAUGCACUAUCUCGCGGCAUACCCAUAAACACGCUCGAAGUCGAAGACGCGGUCGCAGAAGAAAAAAUAGUGUGCAGCGACGAAGCGCAGGAAGCCUCGAAACGGUUGGAUGAAUUGCGUAAAUAUUGA